AUGCAGGUGGAGAGGGGUUUGGCGGAGGUAGACGAAGAUCUCGGGGCUGUGUUUGCGUUUGACACCGACGAGGUGUUUGACGCGGCAGGUGGAUGCGCGGAAGCCGGUGGUGUUGGAGAUGGAACGGAUGCGGUUGAUGAUGGGGUUGACGAACCCAGCACUGCUGAUUUGGAUGGAGUCGGCGGCCCCCGCGUGUCCUUUGCCGAACCGGCGGAUGUAUCGCAGGUGGUCGAUAUUCACAACUUUGAUGCCCAGAAGGCCGCAUCUAUCACAACCGUCGGGGACGGUCCCUUACCAGCGUCAGUAUCCGCGCCCGUGAAAAAAGUGGGCCUGGACGAUUUCCAGCUCGUCAGCGUGGUGGGCAAAGGGGCGUACGGCAAAGUGUUCCUAGUUCGCAAAAAGCCCAAUCCCACUCCUGCCACUUCUACAGCCGGAGCGAACGCAAAAACCGAGCUGUACGCCAUGAAAGUGCUCAAGAAAGCCAGUAUCGUCCUCCACGCGUCAGGCAAAGAAGCCGAACACACCCGCAACGAGCGGUGCAUCUUGGAGGAAGUACAACACCCGUUCAUCGUCACGCUACACUAUGCAUUCCAGACGCCGUCCAAGCUUUACCUGAUUCUAAGCUACGCGUCCGGCGGCGAGCUGUUCACAUACCUCACAAAGGAAAAAAUGUUUGCAGAAGACGUGGCCUGUUUCUACAUCUCCGAACUCCUCCUCGCCUUGGAACACCUGCACUCACUAGGCAUCAUCUACCGCGACCUCAAACCCGAGAACGUACUCCUAAGCGCUCAGGGCCACAUCCUCCUGACCGAUUUCGGCCUCUCCAAAGUCGCCCUAGACGCACAAACCGUCUGCGGGACCAUCGAGUUCAUGGCCCCCGAGGUCCUCGACGAGCACCGCACGCAGGGCUACGAAAAGGGCGUGGACUACUGGAGCCUGGGGGUGAUGCUCUUCGACAUGCUCACGGGCGCCCCACCUUUCACCGGUGCAAACCGCAAGAAGAUAAUGGACGGCAUCCUACACCGCAAAGUUGUCUGGCCGCGGUAUAUGACCGCCCACGCGCGCGAUCUGUGCCAUAGGCUGUUGCAGAAGAACCCGGCGAAGCGGUUAGGGUGUGACGCGUUAGGCGGGGUUGCGGGGGUUAAGCGGCAUGCGUUUUUUAGGGGGAUUGACUGGGAGAGGCUGGCGAGGUUGGAGGUUGAGCCGCCGAUCGUGCCGAGGUUGGAGGGGGAGGAGGAUACGAGGUGUUUUGAUCGGGUGUUUACGGCGAUGCCGGUGGAGUCGCCGCCGCCUAGGGGAGAACGUGAACGUGGGGAGGGGGGGUUGGAGCUGGGUUUGGAGGUGGUGGACCAUUUUGUAGGCUUUAGUUAUGUAGCAGGGACGAAGUAUUUGUGA